UUUCUUUUUUCUCUUAGCCGGAUAAAAAAGAUAGAAAUGGGUUUGCCUUCUUCUCUUAAGCCAUGCCUUUUUUUGUUCUUCCUCUGUAUUCUCAGUGUAUCCACCAUCAACUCAACGGCAUUAAAAAAAGAAACUGUGUUUUUUGGCGGGAAAUUUCCAGCUUUGUACGUUAUUGGGGAUUCAUUGGUUGAUUCAGGAAACAAUAAUCAUCUUGAGACGAGGGUCAGAGCGAAUUUUACACCUUAUGGUUCUGUCUUUGAAGGAGGCAAACCCACCGGCCGUUUCAGCGAUGGCAAAACAACUGCUGAUUACAUAGCUAUUUAUUAUGGGCUUCCUUUAGUUCCUGCUUAUUUGGGAUUAUCGGAAGAUCAGAAGAACAAUAUAACAACUGGUAUUAAUUAUGCUUCUGCUAGCUGCGGGAUUUUUCCGGAUACAGGAAAGCCAUUGGGAAAAUGUCUCUCGUUGAGUGUCCAAGUCGAUCUAUUCAAUGAGACCAUCGAGAAGAAUCUGAAGAAAACGUUUAAGACGCAGUCAGAGCUUAGUAAACACUUGGCUGAAUCGUUGUUCAUGACCGCGAUAGGAGUUAACGACUACGCUUUCUUCUAUAAUAAGACAACCGAUGCAAAUGAGUUUGCAAACAAACUUCUUCAUGAGUUCUUGAUACAAAUUCAGAGAUUGCAUGGGUUAGGAGCAAGGAAGUUCUUUAUCAACAACGUUAAACCAUUAGGAUGCUACCCAAAUAUAGUAGCUCAUACCGUGCCACGUGGAAGCUGCAACGAUCAGUUAAACCUUGCCAUUGCUAUUUUCAACGUCAAGCUAAGAAGAAGCCUGUCUCAUAUGAAGCAGAAAUUCUCCAACACUUCCUUCUUAUACUCAGAUUACUUCAACUUCAUGUUAGGACUUCGAGGACCUUCGAGCAAUCAAGCUGGUUCGAACCUAAUGGACACGACAAGCCCAUGUUGUCCUAGCGUUUAUGAUGGAGGUUUAACCACGUCUUGCAGGCCAAAUUCAAGCUCGUGUAAGAUGCCAGAUACACAUGUUUUCUUUGAUCCAUUUCAUCCGACUCAAUUGGCUAAUUUCAUGUACGCCAUUGAGUGCUUCCAUGCAAGAACAGUUUGCCAUGUGGUGAGAGAAAAGUGAUUAACUUAACUUCACAACAGUCUUAAGAUAACACAAGUUUAGUUAUUGUGAGAGAAAAGAGAUUCAUUGCUAUCAUGAUCGAUGUUUCGAAACAUUUGGAUACGAAACUUUUAUCUUUUUCGAAUAUUUGAUUCAGUCUGAUUACUUUUUGAUU